UUUAAUUAUUAUUAUGAUGAUGCUCAGCUAUGGCCUAUGGUGCUUGAAUGGGACUAAUUGGUGUUUCUCCUGUCUGGAUGUUGCCACCCACUUGGCAGAGGAGAUCCCCUCCCCCAGCACGAACAUCCCGAAGGCCCUGGUCUGGACCGUCGUCGUCGCGUUCGGUAGCGGUAUCCUAAUGGUCUUCGCUAUUCUUGUCAAUCUGGGCCCUCUUGAUGCUAAUACGGACUACACUGGCGCUGCUGUCAUCUAUAGCAUCACCGGCAGCAAAGCCUCGACUAUCGCCCUCUGGGUUCCCGUCCUGUUCCUCAUUUUCAUGUCCGUCUGGGGGGUCCAGACAUGGCAGUCUCGCCUCGCCUGGACGAUCAGCCGAGAGUCCGGCUUUCCUCUGCAUCGCCACUUCAGCAAGAGCUACAGCAUCCCCACUCUACUGGUGAUCUGGCACGGCAGGAAGAACUUCCAGCACGGGCCGUUUUGGUACCCUAAAUUGGGCCUCCUGGCAAACCUCGUGUGAUGCU